CAAUUUUGUGUUUACAUUUUGUUUUUUAGUGUCAAUUUAUAGAUAAAUAUGGCAGAUAUGAAGGAAGCAAAGUGGUCUGUUCAAAAUGGUGAUUUGGAGAAAGUAAAACAAGCCUGCUCACAGUCUGGGUUCGACAUAAACGCAGAUGUGGGUAUGGGAAGAGCUUUGAUUCAUUGUGCUGCAGAUUAUGGACAAAAAGAUGUAUUAGAUUAUUUACUAUCUCAAGGAGCAAACGUGAAUGCAUUAGACAAACAUGGUAUAAGUCCUCUUCUGAAUGCCAUUUUUGAAGGACACACCGAAUGCGUUAAGCUAUUACUGGAAAAAGGUGCAGAUAAAACAGUAAAAUCACCAAGUGGGGAAAGUGCGGUGGAAGCUGCCGAAAAAGAAGAAAUCAAAAACCUCUUACGGUGACUACAUUUGUCGUAAUUGACGUCGAACGCGACUGAAAGUUUUCCUCCUCGUUUUCAUCGCAUGUUUGGCGCAAUUCAAUGUUGCUUUUGUGUUCAUUUACUUUGUAUUUUAGUUUUAUACAAAUUUUCUUGUAUACUUGUAUAUUAAAAUGAAAUUUCAUAAAAGAAAUGGCAGCAGAUAAAAAAAUGGAGGACGACGUCUUGUAGGUUAUGAUUCUCACUUCGAUUAAUUUCUAUAUGAGACAACUGAGACGUUCGAUUCGUCCUUUUUCAGAUAAAGACUGUAAUUAUUUAAAAAUUCACUAAUUUGAAAUUAUGUUUUCUCGUUUUCAUGAAGAAGUUAGAACUUUUAAUUCCUUUUUUUAUAGACAACCUAUCCUUCUUCGCCAUACUUAGAUAUAUUUUUUAAUAUGAUUUAUAUGUUUUAUUUCAUCUAUAAAAGUAUACACAAGUGCAGAUACAGCUUAUGGGGCUUAUAACAUAUACGCAAUGUUUUCUAUCAAAUUUUUAUUUGUAUUGAUGGUGGUAUAUGGUGAAAGAACUUAUGCAAAUGUUCACUACA